AUGGUUUUAUACAAGUCUCGGAAGUUCAGCAGUUGUACAGUUCGUCGUCUUCCCAGCGCAGGAUCCGUGCUGAAAGGAAAACACAUGGGUUCUAGUGUGUUCUCGAGCGAGCGGGAGCGUGAAGAUCUCGCACACGUCCUAACACUAAGUCAGCACGUGCCCUUGACUGAAAAAGUGGAAACAAAAAAGAAGUCUUUGUGCCGACGCGGUUGCUACGCGGAACAGCGCUUUCUGUGUGCGGCGAUGAACCCCUAG